GUUGGUUUUCUCUUCCACAGACUUGUGCAAUGAUUAUGUAACUUUUUUUUGGCUAAAAUUUGGAUGAUUAUGUUACUUCACAGUUAAACUAAUCUUUAUUUUGUUUGAACAAUGUUUUUGCCAAUUAAAUUUAUUUAUCUAGCAAAUAAGUUCAUCAACACCUUAACUGGGGUUUAUAAGGAUGUGUUGACGUUUAAUAUGUCAGUAGUGAAAAAAACAUAAUACUGGAAAAAAUUCCAUGCUAUUUAUACAAAACCUUGUUCGAACACAUAUGGUAAUAAUUAACGAAGAGUUUAUGUAGUUAAUAACAUCGAGUUUCGAUUAGUAAUUUGAACUUGAGUUAAGAACUAACCAGUUAAGGUGUGUAAAUUGUAAGCCUUAUUCUUCAAAUAUUUUGUUUAUUAGAAGUAUUGUAUGACUUUUCACGUACGUACAUAUGACUUUUUUUUUUGUUUAUCAUUGUGCGUGCCGCGUGGAUCUCUUUUUCAAUGCGUUUACAUCAAAUUUAAACUCUGGAUGCGAUUGUGAAUAACCACUACAAAUAUACAUAUUAUUAUUUUUUUUGGUAAAAAUGUAAAGAUUAUUAUUACCAAUUUUUGGUAAAAAUGUAAAUAUACAUAUUCUUGUAAAUGCUUUUUGGCUAAACCAGACACUACGAACCAAGUGUUUGUGUUUCUCCAUAUCUUUUAAAUUAAAUAAAAAGGAAAAAUCCGACAUGGCAACAAAGAAAGAUGGCUAAAAUCUUUUAAGCAGCACUAGAACGGGGGAAUCUAAAAGAGCGUGAAAAGGAUCCUUUAUAGUGGCCACAGCAUUUGUGGCUCUUAAAACUUAACAAGUCUCUCUCUGACUCUCCCCCUCUCUCUCUCUCUCUUCUAUGCACUAUCGUCAUUCAUACCAACCAAGCUCAGCCCCUUGUAUUCUCUCCUUUUUCUCUGAUCUAAUAAAAAAACGAGUAAACAAUAAUUUUUAGAGGAAUUGGUUUAAUUGUUAAGUUGGAAAAUUAGUAUGUCGAAAUCUAAAGAUACGGAGAUAAAAUUGUUUGGGACGACAAUUACAUCUCUUUUAGCUGUGGAUCAUCAUGAUCCGUCGUCGUUAUCUUCUAUUCACGGUGUGUCCUAUCAGAGCAAGGAGCCUUCUUCAUCUUCCUCAUCCUCUUGUUGUCCUUCGACCGGACCAAACAUGGUUCUGGCUAAUAACCAUGAGCACGGCAAUAGCAGAUUCAAAGGUCCUUGCAUAUUAUCCGAUCUUAACGAACCGCCAAGAGCAGCUUUUGAGAUUUCAUCACCAACAAGCUCAAAGACCAACGGGGAUCAACAGAGCGAGAUCACAACAACAACAACAAGUACAUCAGAAGAUAAACCAACUACUCUCAAGAAACCGGACAAGCUUCUUCCGUGUCCGAGAUGCGAAAGCGCAAACACCAAGUUCUGUUACUACAACAACUACAACGUGAGCCAGCCGCGUCACUUCUGCAGGAACUGUCAGAGGUACUGGACAGCUGGUGGAUCCAUGAGAAACGUCCCCGUUGGAUCAGGCCGCCGCAAGAACAAAGGGUGGCCUUGUUCAAACCAUUACUUGAAGGUCACGUCUGAGGAUUAUGAGAACAACAAUAACUCGGGAACGAUCCUCAGUUUUGGUUCUUCAGAGUCUUCGGUUACAGAGACUGUUAAGCAUCAAGAAAACAAAACCCACCAAGAGUUUCUUGCUUCCCAAGUAAUGUUACCUAAUAAUACUUCUCCUUGGCCUUACCAAUGGAGUCCAACGGGUCCUAAUACUAGUUUCUACCCUAUCCCUUUCUAUUGGGGCUGCACGGUUCCUAUAUGGCCUAUCUCAGAGACUUCACCAUGUUUAGGGAAACGAGCAAGGGAUCAAACUGAAGUAGAAACCAAAAAUACUACUCUUAGAACUAGUGAAGCUACUAAGAACGUGGUGUACCCUGAGUUACCAACAAAGCCUGAGAAGAAUACGGAAGGAGGAUUAAGUUUGUUCAAUAGAUUUGAAACAAAGGGUAGCAACAGAAGAAGCUUGGUCCCUGAAACGUCUAUCAAUCUACAAGAAAACCCUGCAGCGAUGUCUAGAUCUAUGAACUUCAGGGAGAGCAUGCAGCAAUAAUAAAACACUGAUCUAGUAUAUAUAUAUACAAAUUACUCUUGCAGUGAGAUAUUUGAAUAAGCUAAUUGUUACCUUGUGAAAGAAGGCAAAAGUAGUGUAGAUAUUUUGCUUUUGGAACUAUGUAUUAUUUGUACACAAGUAGAAAUAUUUUUGAGAGUUGAUAUUUUAUCUCCAUUGUGUGAUGAACUUGCAACCUAUAUAAUAAGCUUCUUGAUUAA